AUGUCGUUCUUCUACUGGCUACUAUUCAACGUACUAGUCUUGAUCAAAAACAUUAAUAGUUCAUAUCAUGAAGAACAAUUAUUUAAAGAAUUAUUUCAAAAUUAUAAUCCAUUAAUACGUCCAGUACGAAAUGUUGAAGAUACCAUAACAGUAUCGUUUAGUAUUGCUCUAUUACAAUUAAUAAGCGUAGUUGAAAAAGAACAAGUACUUAAAACAAAUGUUUGGCUACAAGUCGGAUGGCAUGAUUACCAAAUGCAAUGGAAACGAGAGAAAUAUGGUGGCAUUCAAUCAAUACGAGCGCCACCAAGUCAAGUUUGGACACCUGAUAUUGUUCUAUUUAAUAAUGCUGAUGGUAAAUAUGAAGUAUCAUUUAAAUCUAACGUUGUUAUUUAUCAUGAUGGCUAUGUGAAUUGGGUUCCACCAGCUAUAUAUAAAUCAAGUUGUUACAUCGAUGUAAAAUUUUUUCCAUUUGAUAAACAAGUUUGUGAAUUGCGUUUUGGUUCGUGGACAUACGAUCAACGGCAAUUGAAUUUUACUUAUUAUGAAGAAAAAAUUCGACAUGUGACUAUAAAAGAUUAUGUCGUUAGUGGUUCAUGGGAUCUUCUCGAUGGUCCUAUGACAAUUCAGCAAUCAUCCUAUGUACCACCUCCAAACGAUGGCAAUGAUACAAUUGAAUUGACGGUAAAUCCGCGGUUUGAAAAAGCCGACGGACGUGACCGUGUGGAAUUUGUUUGUACACUUAUUAUAAAACGUAAAACGCUUUUUUAUACAGUUAACUUGAUUAUACCGACGGUGCUUAUUUCAUUUUUAUCGGUGUUCGUCUUUUAUUUGCCUACAGAUGCUGGUGAAAAAAUGACAUUAUCCAUUUCAAUUUUGCUCGCACUUGUUGUGUUUCUUUUACUUAUAUCAAAAAUUUUACCACCAACAUCUAUUGUUAUACCAUUAAUAGCUAAAUAUCUUCUAUUUACAUUUAUAAUGAAUAUAAUAACCAUAUUUUUUACUGUUGUUAUUAUUAAUUACAACUAUCGUACGCCGCGUACACAUAAAAUGCCGAAUUGGAUAAGACGUUUAUGUAUUGACAUUUUGCCUCGAAUACUUCGUAUGGAACGACCAAAAAAAUAUGAGAAAGACGAUAGUUUAGGAACAUCGGAAGCCGAUAGGGAAAAACAGACGAUGUUAAAUUAUAUUCAGGCAUCACGUGCACUAUCAAUAGCAUCACCAAUCAUGAUGAAUCAUAAUGACGAUAAGAAUGUUGAUGUAAACAAUCAUCAAGAUGAACAGUUAGAAUUAAAACAACGUAAUAUAACAAAAAAUAAACAUCAUCAUCAUCAUCAUCAUCAUCAUCAUAGUCGACAUUCAUCAAAACGGCAUCACCAACAGAAUAUGAAUCAAUCAUCAACAACUGAUGAUGAUGAUAAUAAUUUAACAGCAGACGAACUUGAUCUUUUAUUAACUAAAGAAGCCUAUGAAGCAGCAGAAGAUCUUAGUUUCAUUGCCAAUCAUAUGCGAUCUGCUUGUCAUUAUGAAGGGAUUCGAGACGAUUGGAAAUAUAUUGCAUCAGUUAUCGAUCGAUUACAAUUAUUCAUUUUCUUUGCUGUUACUGCGCUUGGAACACUGAAAAUUUUAUUCGAUGCACCAGAUAUUCUUAAAGUUAUCGAUCAAAAUGCGCUUCUUAAAAAAUGGGAUCCAAAGUUUGGUACAAAUAGUUGA